AUGUCUCGCGAACAAUUAAUCUGGGCCCAGGCAAUAUUCACGACCAUUGCGGUCUUCAUCUGGUGGGCUUUUGAUCCCAACAGCUGGAGCAAUUCAGUUCUAUCAUAUAUUAUCGAUAAAUACCUGCGGUGGCGUUACCCCGUCAGCUCCGUCAGCGGCAGAUCUCAGAUCCCCACGCGUCCUUACAAGUUUCCCGAUGGUGGCGGCAGUACCAAGUUCCUCGAUGGCGAGACUGUCUCGGGCGACUGGGAGAAGAAAUACGGGCCAAUCUACCGUAUCUGGACUGGACUUGUUCCAGAAAU